CAAACAGGCCCUCAUUCACUCCUUCAUCUCCUCACAUCCAGCACCAUCCUGGACUCUUGUGGCAUGGGCUCUCUACAUGACUGAGUGGGACGAGGGUGACGGCAGUAGUCUCAGAGCAUUGGAUCACCUGCAGCAGCUGUUCCCCACUGGAAGAUUCCGCUCCAAACAGAUCUACGAGCAGGAGAUGAAACGAGGCCACAUUGAGCUGGACCUGGACAAAAUGCUGCUGUUUGGCACGGCUGGCAGUGGCAAGACGUGCUCCCUCGCUGCACUGCUCGGAGUGGACCCUCCCACCAUCCGACACAGCACUCCAGUCAUGAAAAGACCCAUCGAGGUCGUGUUCGUGGACGUCGACGGCAAAAAACAGUGGAAGAAACGAACAUUAGACCAACUGCCAGACGCCAUCGCUGAAGUAAUGCGGUCGCGAAUGCCACGGCAACAGUCAGUGGCACAGAGCAGUGGUGGCCCAGCCUCCCCCGACCAGCAGUCUCCCCACACCGCAGCCAGCCAGUCAGCUCAGCCAACUCCAGAGAAGAGGAGUAGCUCCACGUCUGAAGCAGCCGGGAAGAGCACAGCAUCCUCGGAGGAGAAGCCCAGCGCCAGGGAGCGGCAGGAGGCAGAAGGGAGGCUGGAUUCCCUGCUGCUGUCGAGUGCGGUGGACGAGGGGUUUGUACAUCUCAUCAACAGUGCUCCUCCCUCCCUGGAGCCCAUCCUGCGACUGAAGCAGUUCCUCGUGCUGGACUCUGGCGGCCAGCCCGAGCUUCUGGAGAUGAUGCCCGUCUUCCUGAGGGGUGCGUCCAAAUUCGUCUACGUCUUGAAGCUCCACGAGUCUCUUGACAAGCGAGCGACGAUCCGUUACUUCAAAGACGGCAAGCUAGUGUGGGAGUACCCAGCCUACCUGACCAACGAAGGGACCCUGAGACUGUGCGUGCGGACCAUGAGGUCCCUGAACAACAAGAACCCCGACAUCCCUCCCGCCAAAAUGAUGUUUCUGGCCACCCACCGAGACAUGGUGGCAGACGAGCAGCUGCCCGGAGUGCUGGACACUCUGCACAAGAGGCUGAGGGAGAUCCUCUUGCCUCAGUUCAGGGAGCAGCUCAUCUACUGCGAUACCAAACGGGACGACUUUGUCUUCACACUGAAUGCAGCAAAGCCGGAGAAGGAGGACAGGGAGUGUGCGGAGAGCAUUCGGGAGUGUCUUAGUAAGGAGGGGGAGGGGGGAAGGGAGGUGAAAGUGCCGUUGCGAUGGUACGCUCUGUACCAGAAGCUGCUGGAGGUGGCAAAUGAACUGGGGAAGAAGGUGCUGCCUCGAGAGCUCUGCCAGAAGGUGGCAGAGUCGAUGGAGAUGGAUGACGAGUCGUGUGGGGAAGCCCUGAACUUCUUCGACGGUCUGAACAUGCUUUUCUACUUCCCCGACAUCCUGCCCCAGCUGGUGUUCAUGGAGCCACAGAUGUUGCUGGAUAAGGUCUCGGAGCUGGUGGAGGAGACCUACCACAUGAGGCAGGGAAAGAAAGCCGUGCCGGGGGAGAAGCUGAGGUUCCGUGACCACGGUGAAGUGACGGAAAAGUUUCUGGGCGAGUUCGAGAGCCACUACGAGCCACCUCUGUUCACACCCAAGGAGCUGGUGACCCUGCUAAAGGGGUUGCUGGUGUUUGCGGAGAUGUCGGAGGACGUGUACUUCAUGCCGUGUCUGCUGCAAGUGGUGGCGUGGAAGGUGGUGGAGGAACACCGAGUGAGUGGCGGGAAAGCCCUGGCUCUUCACUUCCCCGACAGCGGUCCCCUAAUGGGAACAUUCUGUUCCAUUGUAGCUUACCUCCUGUCCCCCGAAAACAGUCACCCCUGCCCCUGGAGAGUGGUUCAGAACGAGGCAGGAGCUCCGGAAUGCCUCCAUCGCCACGUCAUCAAGUUCACC